AUGCCGACCUCAAACCACCAGCGCCAGCAACGACGUGCCGCGGCUCGCCGCGCCGCUGUUGCGACCGACGACGUGCCGAACGCCGUCCCGCGGCCGAAAGGAAGAGGCCCGCGCAACCACUUCUGGGACCCGCGGCCGCCGGGCGUGCGGCGGCACAACGAGUCGAACGAACCGAACCAGCGCAGAGCGGCGCGUCUCGCGAGCGCCCGCGGCCGCCACGCCGACGCCGUCCGCGGCCGACGGUGGUCGCGAAUCAACGCGGCGCGGUGCAACGAGGCCAAGUCCUUCCAGGCUCCCGCCAGCAGCGCCUCGUGGCGCGUCCGGGACGGCCGGGUAUCGGCUCCGUACUUUGAGCCCUCUUGGGCCACCCUCGCGUCCACCGGCCGGCAGAGCACCGCUUGGGCGACUCAGACGGCCCGCCCGACCAGCGCGUUCGAUCGUGCCGCCCCCACAGCGUCAGUGGCGUGCGUGGGGUGGCAGGCGGCGUCAGCGCAGCCCCUCGUGGGGGAGGUGGCCUCGGCGGCCCAGAUGAAGCCCGUGCGGCUCGUUUGGGAGCCGCAUGCCGUCCCUCUCUCGCCGGCGCUGCUCACCACGCCCAAGCCUACGCCGAGGAACCCGUCGCGCCCGUCGCUCACGAGCUGGUGGCUCGCAUCGACCGAGCCGUCCAGCUUUCUCACGCCCUGCCCACGAUCAAAUUCGAGACGACCAACAUCCGACCACAAAAAAGGCCCGCGCGUGCUGCGCGGGCCGGCGAGCGACUAG